UUGUUUCGAAAUAAUACGCUAAACCAUAUAAAAAAUAAAAAAAAUAUAAUUUUUUGAAUCAAGUUUAAAAUAUAAACACUUUUAAAAAUUUAAAUCAGAGUCUAGUAAUUUGAAAAAAUAGCACUAACAUAAUAAAUAAUGUAUUGUUUGCAGUGUUUACUUCCUGUCCUUUUAUUGCCUAAACCAACAGAAACUAAUAACUUCUUCAUCCAUCGACUGUUUAUAGUGCUUUAUCUGAUUUCUUUCUUUUUGGAACGAAAACCAUGCACCAUUUGUAGCUUAGUUUUUGUUACUGCUGUUUUUCUACUUUGCCAAUCUGGUUUAGGUCACUGUAUUUUCUGGCGGAAUUGUUCUGAAGCUACUUGCUGAUUAUAUUUUUGACGAUUUGUUCUAAUUUACAACCAUUAUUAAAAAUGUAUAAAAUGUUAGAAAUUGCAUUUAUUAUAUAGGACUCAUGAAAUUUGCAUAGAUUGUUAUUAAUAAGUAUUUGAGCCAAAGUAUAAGAGAAUAUAAUAAGAAAUAAAAACAA